AUGGCGAAUCUUGCAAACACCAUGGAGGCUAAUGCUGCUGUGACUCUGCAAGCUGUGCAGAGGUUUGGCCAACCGGCUGGGAACGGAAACGGGAGUGGCAAAGGAAACGCAAAUGACAAUGGUUCAUCCUCCAAGUUUCAGGGGAUCAACCAACCCCACCGAGAUGGACAAUUAGUUGCAGGCCAUGGAGCGUGCUUUACAAGCACAGCAUGUCCCGAACAACCAAUAUGUAGAAUUUGCUGCUUACAACUUGCGAGAGAGGCCCAGCAUUGGUGGCAAGUAGAGUGCCGCUUGUUACAGCUUCAGAAUGUUGACGUUCCAUGGGAUGUUUUCCAAACGGCCUUCUACAAGAAGUAUUUUCCGAAGUCUACAAGAGAAGCGAAGGAGAUGGAACUUAUGCAGCUGAAGCAAGAUUUCUUGUCUGUGGCGGACUACACAAGCAAGUUUGAGGAGCUUUGUAGGUUUUCAAGGGUGUGUCAGGGUGUCCCGGAGACCUAUGAAAGUUGGAAGUGUAUCAAGUAUCAAAGGGGCUUAAAGGAUGAUAUCAUGACUGCUGUGGCUCCUAUGAAGAUUCGGAUCUUCUCCGAGUUGGUGAACAAAGCGAGGGUGGUUGAGGAAUAUGCAAAGACAGUAGCCUCUCAAGGGACACUCAUGGAGGAAACUCCAAUAGGGAACGUGGCGAUUACCUUCCACCAAGGGGGCAAAGCUUUAAGAGAAAUGGGAACUUCGGAAAGGACAACGAUGCUCAGUUUCACCAUAUGA